UCUUGAAUGUUUAUAAUAAAUAAAAGUUGUUUUAAUGUUUUGUAGAUAGUAAAGUAAAUUUGAGUCAUGUAUAAAAGAUAUAGCGUAGAUUUUAUCUUUCUGGAUUUGAUUUUCUGAUCAUUAUACGAGAAAAUUUAAAAGCGAAAACAACGGUUACUAGGUUUUCGAAAAAUGAACUGUAACAAGUAAUGUGGAAAUCGUAGUUGUAUCUUUACUAACUACUGAAGGCUUAGUGGCCUAUCAGUGUGACAAGUUUUCUGUUUUAUAACUUGUUAACUAAUUUUUGUUUUAGACUUGUUUUUAGUGUCUUGUACUUUGCGAUUUAUUGAUAAUGAUGUUAUUUGUCGGCUUGUUAAACUUCAUGAAACACAACAAACGCUGAAACAGUAGGCCUAACAUUUGUUUAGUGGAGCCAGGAAAUAGUCCUAAUGCAGUGUGUGGAAGUAAAACUUGAACUUGGUCAUCGAGCCACACAGAAGACUAAGCCUACACCCGAGGGUUUUACACAUGAUUGGUGUGUGUUUGUUCGUGGACCCGAUAAACUUAGUAUUCAGCAUUUUGUGGAAAAAGUGGUUUUUCACCUUCAUGAGAGCUUUCCCAAACCUAAACGAGUUAUCAAGGAACCACCUUACCAAGUGUCUGAAUCUGGAUAUGCUGGUUUUAUGUUUCCAAUUGAAGUUUACUUCAGAAAUAAAGAAGAACCAAAGAAAGUUGUAUUUCAGUAUGAUCUUUACUUACGAUUGGAAGGGCCUGUUUCCAAUACUAGGGCAGAAAAACUGACUUUUCAGAACCCAACAGAGGAGUUUAGAAAAAAAUUGCUAAAAGCAGGAGGGGUUGCUGUCACCCUCAAUCCUGCAGGAGGAACAAUCCCCACCAUCCAACCACAGCCUCCUCCUUCACAACAUAUCAAGGGGGUAUCAGGCAGUGAAGCUCAAGAUCAUCAUCCACAGGUUUCUUCCAAACAGCCAGCAACUAAGACAACGCCAUCUAGUGAGGUUACCAAAGAAAAGAAACCAAAACCUUCACCCAUCAAGGAUGGUGGGAAACUUGGGUCUUCAUCUCAUCCUGUUAAUCAACCUUUUACAGACAUCUUUGGCCCUGUACUCAAAACUCAAUCUCCAAAUCCUGGUGGCAAGCAAAAGGAAGGACCCUCUGCCAAACCUGGUAGUGGAACUCCAAAAUCAUCAAAAUCUUCACAAGGAGGAAGUAGCUCAUCUUCAAGUAAAGAAACAAAACCUCCAUCACUGUCAAAAGACAAAAGCAAGCAUCACAAAGAAAGCAAGCAACAUAAAGAAACUAAAGAAAUGAAAUCUCAUAAUAAAGAAGGAAAGGAGAUAUCCAAAAGGCCUCAGUCUCCUACUCAGGGUUUAAAUUCAAGUGUAAUGGUGUGUAAAAAAAGAAAACGUACUACUUCAACAUCAUCGGUUGCAAGUUCAGUGAUGUCUGUGGAGAGUUCCUCAAAAGAUAAGCAAUAUAAAGACAAAAAGGAAAAGAAAGAAAACCAUCAAAAACUUCAAAAUAAAUCUAACAUUUCAGAAAAUGCAGUAAAGAAAGAAAAGGAGCAAGAAAAACCUUCAAAGCAGGUUACACAAGCCUCAUCAAACAGCUCACUGAAAACAAAAUAUGAUCUGAAGAAGAAGAAAGAAAGAAAAGAGGAAAAGAAGGAUGUAAAUAUAGGGGAAAGUAAUGUGAAAAGCAGCUCAACAACCAAACCAAAGAAAAUAAAAGAACAAGAAAAACUUUCCCCUGUACCAAUUCCUACGGCCACUGAAAGUUUUGAACAACUUCCUGAUGAUGGUAACAGCAGUCCUGCUUCAAGCAUUAGUCUGUCUUCAUUAGCCACCGGAGGAACACAUGGACCUCUUGCGGCAAUGAUGGCAGAGAUGGAAAAAGAUAAUGAACUAUUGUCUCCGCUGUCGAGUUGUCCCGAUUCCCCGGUAGAAACUUCAUUACCCAAAAGUAAAGAAACAUUAGAUUUAAGUGACGAAGAGAUUGACACAAAAAUAAAUCACGAAGAAAAGAUUGACACUGCUAAAGCUAGCAAAGUAAAGAAAGAAAAAAAAGACUCCCCAGCACCUAAACACGAAAAAAAUCAUGUUAUAUUAUCAGAAGAAGCAUCAGAACAGGUCUCAGAAACUAAAUCACAAAAAUCAAGUCAUCAUUCCCAAUUUGAUCCUAGCUACUUGGCAGAAUUAGAAAAACUACGACAACAGAUAAUGUCACUAAGAGACCGGGGUCAUAUCCAGAGGGUGGUAGAUGUAAUUGAACAAACGGGAUUGUACUUUGUGACUGACUCCACCUUUGAUUUUGACUUGUGUUGUUUAGACAAAAACACUAUCCGUAAAUUACAAAACUGCCUAACGGUCAAGUGAACAGAUGUUCAGGGUCAAAACUGAGAGAAUUAAUGGUGUGUAAAUUAAAAAUUGUGAAUAUAUUGAAAUGCAUUUUCUGUGAGGAAGCUGUGGAAAAAUUUUUUAAGCACAAUUAAAUCUAGUUCAUAUUUUGUUUUUAUUUCAAGCUUGGUGUGCAUAUUAAUCAAGAAUUCUUUUUUUAUAUGCCUUAGUUUAAUAUAAAGUGUUCAAAAAUACCAGAAAUAACAUUCUGAUUCAUUUAAUUUAUCUUUUUUAAUAAAUAUAAUCAAAUACCAUUAAAAUGAAGAAGAAAACUUUGUAAAAGUAAUGCCUUUCUAGGCUGUUUUUUUUAAAUUCCUGACUGAUUUUGAUAUAUUCUUUUAUAUAUAUAUAUAUGUGUGUGUGUGUGUAUAUAAUAUCGGUCUUCAUUCUAAAAUUCAAAGUAAUGCAAUAGAAUUGUUCCCUUAGGAUUGUUCAUAAUUUUUAAUAUAUUUUUCUUCUAACUGCAGUAGGUUUUAUAAUCACAGAAUAUGGAGAAUCUGCUCUGUUUGUUUAUUUUUAUUUUGCUGUGCAACUUUGUCUCCUUUUGGGAACUGGGCUGGCUUUUUAGUUAGCAUGCCAAUCAAGCUGUGAUGUGCCAUUGGAGAUUUUCUGCAUUUUCAACUGUGGGAGCACUAUAACUCUGACAGUCAAUCUCGAUUUUCAGUUAAGAGCAGCAGCUGCAUAGUAGGUGGUGGGUUGUCUGAUUUCCCUCUUUCUGAUUAGAAGUUCUAAACCAGGAUCUUUCAUCUAGCGAUUUAGCUGAUGUGUAGCAUAACUUGUUGUUCAGUUUGAAAUUGCCAAUACUCACUACAUUUUGGAAGUGAAAAAACACUUCAUUCUUAGGGUUUGGAUAACUUGCGUGUUAUUUUUGCAAAUGAUAAAAAAAAUUUCUGAAUUGACUAUACUUUAAGAGGUAACAUGAUCUCAUACACAAAUCACAUCUAGGUGUGUACUUUACCUUAUAUAGAAUUUUUUUAUUUGUGAAAGUUUUAUGAGACUUUUUUUUUAAGUUGUUGUUAGCAGUACAUAUAUAUAUGGAAGUUUCUCAGUCAAAAUUUAUUAUGACUCUCCGCAGAUGUGUAAAUACUUGUAUAUACAAAACAGACUGGUAAUAUGAUAUGCUAUAGGAGUGCUUGAGUCAUAUUACAAAUAAGCUGCAAGAUAGUGGGCAAGAGCAAGGACUUGUAAGCUUUAAAGAGGGGUAGGAUAGUUGAUGCUCUUCUAACUGGGGUGUUAUUAUUAAAGAUGAAUUUCUAUGUCUAACUAAUCACUCAGAUUUUUACCAAAACAAGAAAACUGGUUUCUCCUAGGGAAAAUAUCAGGUAUGAACUGUAUUUGACAGUUUGGAGUGCAACAGACUGUGUCCCAGUUGCCGUAUUUCAUCAAAAAUGAUAAGGUGUUAAUUAUUUUUAACUGUAUCAUGAGGGAUAAAUUAUAGGGAAUGUCAUAGGGCGAUCAAGAAACAGUCUGAAACUGCUAAUUUUUAAACACAUUAAGAACAAAUGUCAUCCAUGAUUUAAAGCCUGCUUCUAAUAGGUAAUUUGGUUUAAUAACCAGGGGUGUUUAGAAAUUAGAAGAAUUUAUUUUUGUCACAUGUGUGAAUUUUAACGCUCAUUGGGUUUUCCUGAAUAUUUUAGUCUUAGACUCUCAGAAGUUAGUGUUCAGCUUUGAUUUUCGUUCCAUCUGGAAUGCUUCCCCAAGACAGACAAAGAAGGAGAAAGCUGUGAAUUCUAUUACUGGUUCUUUUUCUCCUCUGCUUCGGAGGGUGUGUCUAACGCAUUGUCCAAUCACUAGCCAAAUGAAAUCAGAUAACCACAGCCACACCUCAGAGCGAGCUUCUGCAAAAGAAGAGAUCAAGACUGUCACCAAGCACAUUUGUUCAUAUCAUUUUUGAAUACAUGUAAAAAUAUAUAGUUAUUUUAGGCAUACAGACAGAACAAGAACAAUAUAUAUACAAAAACAAUAUCAACUAUUUCAUAUUAUACACAAGAAUGAAUAUUGUGGUUAAGGUCCAUUUUGAUUUUCAAGUCAUCAUCUGGAAAGGUAGAAUUCUCAAUUAUCUUGAGGUGAUUGAAUGGCUUGUAUACAAUUGUAAGGGGACAGAUAUUUCCUCCACAAAGAUUACUAAGCUUGCAAUUUUAUCAGAAAAAGAGUAUUGAUUGAUAGAUUUUUUUUUAAACUUUAUAUUAAGGAGUUAAUGUUAAUCUUGUUGCAAAGUAUAGAUAAAACCCUCUGAUCCACUUGACCCAAUUUGUGUUGUUUCGUUAAUGCAAGGCACUGGUGAUGCUUUAAUGUGUGUGGAAUGAUCUCGUGUUAGGGCUUGGGCACACUGUUCUCAUAAACAGUGCUCUUCCGGUGGAUGCUGUAAUACUGGACAGAGAUUAUACUGUCCGUAACUGAUUUGGCAAGUAUAACAGUGAUUUCAGUCUCUGUUUUUUUUUUAUCGGUACAAGUAUCGUAACUGAAACCAACCGAGCAUCCUUGGGAUAAACAACACAUUUUCCACCAUACUCUUUUUACCGUCAUGUGUAAACCAGUUUAUGUCCAUACUCGGGGGUGAAUGAGCUACUAUUAAACAAGACACAUUCUGUAGAGUUUAUGUCACACUAACUAGCCACUUUAUCAAGACUUCUUGGGAUUGGCCUUGAGUAUUUUGUUUUACUGAGUGGUAAAAUGAAUUAAAGUAAUGCUGAGUGCAGUAACUGAUUACAGACAGUACAAAUCUUAUUGUUUUAUUGGAUGCAAAAAAGUUUGUGUGUGUGUGUUUUAUUUUGAUAAUAUUUAAUAUGUAAAUAUGCUUUUAAAGAUUUUUAAGAACUACAAAAAAUAACUGAAAACCUGCUAGACCAACAUUCAUGCUAGAAUUUACAGGUUUUUAGUUAGAAUUAGGCUUGUAAAAGGUGUAGUUGAACUGUAUAAUAAACAGUAAAGAAAUGAAGACAUGAGUUAGGAAUUGAACACAUGACACUAUUUGUGGACCCCCAAAAAAGUCACUUUUUAUGUUGUUGAAUCCAUCCUUAAAUAAUAUCAUCAGUACAUUUGUAAAAGUUUGAUUUUUAAUGUUAUUUAAUAUUAUUUAUGUCUAAUAUCUUCAUUAAAAAUUUCAUAUUAUCAUUAGACAUUUGCCAGGAUUUUUCAAACUCGAAUGUGUUUAUAAAAGUUUUAAAAUAGUUUUUGCAUUACAAAGUCAAGGUAUUUUUAUAAUGUAUUUGAAACUGAUUUUUGACAGCUUUGUACCUAAUAGCCUUUCAAGCUAGUUUAAGAAUAGUUAGCUUUUGGGGAUUUCUUCAGUUAAUUAAAUUUUUUACUUACCUGGCUGAACUAAUUAAAUUCAAUGUCAUGUUUUCCUGGCUUAUGAUGAUGAUCUUAAUGAAUAUUGACUCGUUUCGUCUUAAACAAACCACAAUAGUAUCGUUACCAAAUUGAUUGAUACUAGAUUUUAAGUUUUGAAAAUAAUUAAAAAUUGUUUUUUAAUUCAUUGUAUUGUGAAUAAAUAGAAUAUUUUUUGCAGAACA